GGGAGGAAAAAGUACUGCACUGUAGUUGCCGCAACGUCCCUCCCUAUUACAUCCCCCGGCGACUGACCAGGGUGUGCGCCAUGCACGCUCGCCUCCCAGUGCGCGCCCGUCCAGCCAGCGAGCGGGCUCUAGCGGCCACAGGACCUUGCGCUAUUCCUCUCGCGCCGUGUGUCCGUCUCGGUGGGAGCUCUUAAGAAGCGGCUGGGUGAUGUCGCGGUGCGUCGCCACCUCGGCCCCCCGCGCUACUCCGAGAUGGGCAACAAGCAAACCAUUUUUACAGAAGAGCAGCUGGACGCCUACCAGGACUGCAGCUACUUUACGAGAAAAGAAAUUCUCCGGCUUCACGGCAGAUUCAUGGAGCUGGUUCCGCACCUCGUCUCGAAGGAUUCCUCCGGUUAUUGCGACAUCACCAUCCCCUCCCAGCUGAUUGGAACCAUGCCCGAGCUGAAGGAAAACCCUUUCCGGCAGAGAAUACUGGAGGUGUUCUCGGAAGACGGCCAAGGAAACAUGUCCUUCAGCGAUUUCGUGGACAUGUUCUCCGCCUUCAGUGAAACGGCCCCGAGGGAGCUCAAAGUUUACUACGCUUUCAAAAUUUACGACUUCAACGACGACAGCUUCAUCGGCCGAGGGGACCUGCUGCAGGUGCUGCAGUGUUUGACACGUGACGAGAUGAGCCACGAGGAGCUGCUGCUGGUCAUCGACAAGGUGCUUGAGGAGGCCGACCUGGACGAUGACAGCAAGCUGUCAUUCGCCGACUUCGAGCACAUGAUCUCCCGCGCACCGGACUUCAUCAGCACAUUCCACAUACGGAUCUGACGGCGAGAUGUUUAUUGACGAGAAAAGAGUGUAUCCCAGAAGCCUCCACGGGAGAGGUCGUGCCCCCCACAAGUUCCCCCCCAGGUAAUUAACCCCCCCGCCCCUGCCGGCUGCUGCCGAUGACCUCCGACCUGGAUGUGGUGGCAUCAGCUGAUGACCCCGUGACCUUCUGGGAUGGCCCACAGCCUGGGCGGCUCGACUCAGCAUCUCGCUUCCACCAGCUCGAUUUAAAGAGAGAGAGAGAGAGAAGCUUUAAGUGCUGUCUGAAGCGUAAUGCGUGAAGAACUAUUACUGUACAUUUUUGGGCCUGGUUGACACGUGGCCAUUCGUCAUGUUCAAAAGCACCACUUGCAAAAAAAAAGAAGAACGAUGAAAACAAUAUGGGGUCCUUUUUUUGAAAGCAUGUUUUUUUCUUUUCUUGGUAUGCCGCAAAUGUCAUGCGAAAUGCAAAGGACUCCGCGUUACGAACACCGCGCCAGCUUUUUAGACCGAGUCACCGAAACGUACAUCGCCGUCGCGUCGAUUUUUUUUUUGUUUACCGGGAGGAGCAACGUUUCGUUUUUCUUUUCGGAAGUGCCAAAAGCGGGAUUGACGAGGUUCACAGAUUUAGGCUAAUGGGCUCCCCGUCUCUGCCGCAGUGGAAUCCCUAAUGGAGACUGAAUGCCAACGCCAAUAGACGAGCGCUCCUCCAAUCAGCCAGAGCUGGCAGUCGGGAGAGGGAGAAGAAGACCCGUGCGACGGAUGAGGCAUGGCAUGUCGGGCUUUCCUCGGCUUUAUUUAUCAGCCAUUUGCCCAAUUGCCAUUUCUUCCCCCACCCACACCACCUCGCCCGAUGGUUAUUUAAUUCUUAAUACGGGGCGGGGAGAGAACCUCACCCUGAUUUGUUUCCUGAGACAGGGGACACAGUAAAAGGGCUUCGUAAACUAGAUGAUACGCUUCUGAAGGUUUAAAACUAUAUAUAUAUAAUAUAAAAACAUACAAAAAUAAAGACAGGAUUGUUUUACCGCAAGUACAACAAUACGGUUAAUGGGGUUUUUUUUUGUCUCGACUUACGGACGUGAAAUCAAUUUUAUGGAAUUUACUCAAAUGAUUCAACGAAUGUGAAACGGUGUGUGUGUGUGUGUGUGAGAAAGUUGGACAUGUAGGGUGCGCCUCUGAAGUUGGCAUAGCGAUGCCACUGGCGUUGUUAGGCCCGUCCCAAAACAAGUCAUUCGAAUCCAGAGACAGCUCGUGUCCAUUUGCACAAUUGUAGCAAUGUGCAUCGAAUAUGGGUUGUUGGUAUUAAGAUUGUUUACUUAAACACACUGUUGAAUGAAAAGAAACGUAUUUCAAUCUCCUAACCUUGAAAGGGGUUUGUUUUUGGUUUACAAUGCCACUUUGGUGGAUGGUACAGAUCAAAUGUGUGUAAGUCAUGCAGAUGGUUGGAAAGUUGAUACAUUUUUAUUUUAUUUUAGGAUCCAUUUGUAUCCGUUGUGCCAGAUGUGCUAAAAUCCAGCAAGAUAAAAGCCAGGAGCAUGAGAACACACUGUCAGAGGCCCGAGUAAAUCACAACCUUUGUUUAAGUGCAGACAUUUUACAGGAAGCGUGCAAUCACAUUUUUCCUUCCGUCGAAGCACAGCCCACGCCGACUCCAGUUCAACGAGACGCCGGACUCCACUCCAGAAUUUGGAGUGUCACACGACCACGUGCCGACAUUUCAACGCACAAUUGGGAUGCGGCUGCAACGUCCUCCCACCGAACGACCAAACUGAGAGCGCUGCGGCGUUUGAGUCGGAACCGGGCACUGCCCGAGUGCUUGCUGCAUUAUGUCACAUCACCCUCCAGCAUCAUCAUCCAUCAUCAGCCUUGGUAAACGAAGGCCUCACCAAGUCGACGUCACGUCUCAUUAUCCCGCGACAUAACAGAAUUCAGCUCGCACCUGAACUGAUUUAGUCGCUCCAUCUUGCUGGACGUGCUCUCGGACGCAUUUCAUUCCUCGGCUUCAGUGCGAUUCAUCAACCACCUUCACACUUUACCCAAAAUGUGGACAACCUCAAGUGGAGUUUCCGUGUGCCCCACGGCUGUUCUUCUCGCACUCUUCGUUGCGGCGCCUGAGUUAAUGUUCUUGCUGCUUUAAUUACGGCAAUUUAUGCAAUUGCAUCGUACUCAUUCACUUACAUUGUUUUGGAAAUUGACAAAAUCGCAAAAAUGCCGCGUAACAAGUAGACGUGUUUUUAAGACGUAACAAAGGACUCAUUUGAUGUGAUUGCAGCUCCUGCAAAAUUGUGAUGAACGCGAGAAAGCGGAUGGUCAUUCAUCCAGGGAUCGAUUUCUACUCAGUUUCUUCCGACAUUCAUUUCCCACUUUAUUUAGCCAGUUAUUCCCACGCAUCAACAUCAAUUGCUGGACACUGUAACCUGUGCCAAGACUUCUGCUCAGAGCGUUCGUCGCGACGCAGAGUGGGAUUUUGCACGCGUCGCUUAAAAAGCUUUUGCAUUACGCUUCCGUUCAAUUUUUCAACCUUUCCAUGACAUCCUGUGACAUUUCGUAUGAAUGUAAAAGAGGAAGAUGCGUAUAGUUUUGUUAGUCGUGCGGUCUAUUGUCGAUAAACAAAAACAGUGUGCCUGAAAAGUACCAAUUAGGUCAUGGUUUUGCUUGAGGAUUAUUACGGAGAAGGGCUUUAACUGAAAAAUAAGCAAAAAAAAUACUAAACAGAUAGAGGUUUUCAAUUACUAUUGUACCUAUUUCCUUCUAAGUGAAUCGUUAUGUUAGAUACGUAAGUAAAUAUGUAGUCACGACAGAAUAACACGUAGACGUACACAUUUUUACCAAAUAAAAAAUAUAUAAUCUGCCGAGCAAUAAGCAAUUAUAGAAAGACACAACUGUAGAACUCUUGAACAAAACACGAUUCCCGUUAACCACAGCCGCGCUGCAUUUUCUACGAAAGUUCGCUCGAAAGCCUCCACCACCACCACAACAAGGCGACGCUUUCGAGUCCUCUCGCAGCGCGACGAAGCAAGGCGCGAGCCCAAACCCGCCGGUCACUCGUCCGGCUGGCCCUUGCGUCCACCGCGCACCGUUCGUAUUAAAACACGGGGAAGAGGGGGAGGGGUGUGGACACGCGACCCUGCCAACUGGGCCACUCGUUGAGUCUAACGCCGUUUUUUUUUUCUCACGGCCACUGGGCAGGCAAAGCUGGCUCCAUAUUUCGUGAAAAUGGGAAAUUGUGGGCCCGGCCAAGGCCAGGUUCCCACAGCAGCGUUAACCGGGGCCGACCCAACACUCGUUGAGAUUAACGCCACUUUUUUUUCCACGGCCACUGGGCAGGCAAAGCCGGCUCCUUAUUAGUAAAGCUGGAAAAUUGUUGGCCCGGCCAAGCCCAGGUUCCCACAGCAGCGUUAACCUGGGCCGACCCAACACUCAGCGGGCUCUGUAAGUGGACCCAGUAGCUCCCUUUUCAGAAGUGACCUGCAUGCUUUUAGUCGCUGCAGAGGAGAGGCAGCAGGGGGAGGAGAAGGGGGAGCACCAGGAAGGGGUCAACCCCCACUGAGGCUCGUGACCCAAGAAGCGUCGGCGGCACGUAUCGAAUCUGUAUCACUGUCGAUCCUGCGCCAUCCGUGCGUCAUUCCUGGGCCACCGAGCCCUGCUUGCCGUUGGUCGUGGAAUCGCAACAGCAGGGCUCUGUGCCGAUGCCUCGCCGUCCGUUAGCACAAACCCCUCCGCACGUCUUUCUCACCGCGGUCUUUGGCUGCUUUUGGGUUUUUUUCAACCUCCCUCCGCUGGCGACUUCCAUCGCAACCCUGGCCCUGAGCCCCCCCCCCGCUCCAUCACCCGCCCUCUGGUUUGUGGAUGCAUGCGAGCGUCAACGUGUUUCUUGAAAAGUAUUAAAGGGGCGCAAUGGCAUUAAACUUACACGAGGGACUGAUUUUUUUUUUACGACACGCGAGCGGGUGGCCAAAAACGCACUCGCAAUUUCACCGAAUUAACGCGCAUAUUUCAUCGAAUCUUCGCGUCCCGUCCGUCGAACGAUCACGCAUUCGUCGCACAGAUGGCAGAGGUGUCUGUGUGUAAUGGCUCUGAGCGAGGGUCAUUUUAAUAUUCCAUUAUAAACAGUUUCUUUUUGACCACCCCUCCUCAUACGACAGCCAAACGCACGCCCCGUUUUAGAGUUGACUAUUGCGUGCCCACUCAAUGCCAGCCGACUACGAUGUCUCCGUGUCGCUGGGUGGGGAGGGGAGGGCAGCUUCUCUGCUCGUUAGUUUUUGAGGGAAUGCAGUUUGCUUGUAACGCAUUGGUUAUAGACCAUGCCACGCACUUGCCUGGAGCAAUCGAGUGGUUUGCAAGCUGUCCUCGGGCAUCCAACGUCACCGCACGUUACAUGGAAUGGGUGUGCACGCUCAAAUUUGUUCUCAGCGUGGUGAUAUUUAUAAGCAGUGUGUAUCCUCUUUGGUUCAUUCAAACGGUCUCCUGUGCAAUUGAGAUUUAUUUUUUCCCAUAUGCAUAUAAAUAUCAAAUUACAGUUGCAUGCAGUGCACAUUGCAUAUAAUAUGUCAAGGUCGGUACUAGCGUUGAGAAAAAGACUGAGAGACAUGCAAAGUCUUGAUUUGAAGCUUUCGUGACUGCAGGAAUCCAUACUCUUUGGUUCUUUCGGUAAAGUCACGUAGGUAUAAAUAUGUGUGGGUGGCUUUCCUGUAGACAGAGUGUCCCAACGAGCCGUCAGGUCAUUUCUACCUGCGUGACUUUACCGAAAGAACCAAAGAGUAUUGACAUGCGAAGGAUGGUCGAUGUAAAGCGAUGGGCCUUCGAGGUCCCUGUAAGGACUUUGGAGAACCACCGCUAUGAAAAAAAGCCUUUUUUAUUUUAAGAAGUUGUUGCGGUGAAUUUGCAAGAAAGAAAGAAAACGAGUUCUUAUUCACGCGUAACGAUGCUGUUGUGUACAGGUCACUUCCCUUGUCAGAUAUAAUGAAUGACGUCUUGCUGGGGUUCAGUGUUCAACUAGAAACAACGAUCAUUUGUAUUUAUUGCAGACAAGUUUUGAUACGAAUUUAGAAAAGUACUGUUGUCAGGCCGCGAUAUUUUCAGUGUAUCUGGGCAGUACCUAUUUUUGGAAGAAAAAAAUAUGCACAUGCUUUUGUUUCUGUCUGCAUCUUUUUGCU